GGACACUUAUCAUCAGUACCCUAAUUAUCAGUGUAGCCCUAUCAGUACCACCUGUCAGUGCCCAUAUUUGCCACCUGUCAGUUCCCAUCAAUGCCACAUACCAGUGCCCAUCAGUGCACAUCAAUGACACAUAUCAGUGCCCAUCAGAGUUGCCUUUUAGUGCCAAAUAUCAAUGCCAUUCCAAUCAGUGCCAGUCAGUGCCACCUAUCAGUGCUAUAUAUGAGGCCUGCCUUUCAGUGCCCAUCAGUGAUGUCAGUCAAUGCCCAACAGUGAUGCCUGUCAAUGCCCAUCAGUGCCUCCUCAUCAUGCCGCCUAUCAGUGCCCAUCAGUGCAGCCUCAUUAGCGCACAUCAGUGAAGGAGAAACAUUACUUAUUGACAAACGUUUAUAA